CACUGUCGUUGUCUGUGUCUGUCUCUCACUCAAGAAGAGGCCAUGUGUAGGUGCCCAACAUCCAGCUAAGUCCAGCAACAGUUACCUCCCUCUCAACUUCCAACCCUUCCCCAACUAUAAUAUCCCGAUUCCCAACCAACAUUCUCUCUCCUUCCCCAUCCAUCCAAGCUUCCUUAUCACUUAAGUUUAGCACAGACAUGGCCGACCAGGAACCCAUAAAGGUGGAGCCAGAGGUACGGGAGAACCCUCCCCCGGCUCCUUCUCCGGCACCAGAACACGUCGAAGAACCUCCCAAGGAUGUUACUGAGGAGAAAUCCGUAAUUCCACCUCCUGAAGCUCCUCCUGAAGAGAAGCCCCAUGACUCCAAAUCUCUUGCCGUGGUUGAAAAAGCUCCGGAGUAUGCUGAAGAGAAAAGUACUGAGGGUUCUAUCAACCGAGAUGCUGUGCUUGCAAGAGUUGCAACAGAGAAAAGGCUAUCACUGAUCAGGGCAUGGGAAGAUAGUGAAAAAUCAAAAGCAGAGAACAAGGCUCAUAAGAAGCUAUCUGCCAUUGGGGCAUGGGAAAACAGCAAGAAAGCAUCUAUAGAGGCUGAGUUGAGAAGGAUUGAGGAAAAACUGGAGACUAAGAAGGCUGAAUAUGUGGAGAAAAUGAAAAACAAAGUAGCUCUGAUACAUAAGGAAGCAGAAGAAAAGAGGGCAGUAACCGAAGCUAAACGUGGAGAAGAUCUUCUCAAGGCAGAGGAAACGGCUGCAAAAUACCGCGCCACUGGAACAGGUCCAAAGAAGCUCCUUGGUUGGUUCUCAGGCUAAAAAAAAAUCUCAGGUCUGGUCGAAAUAUGUUUGAAUUAUUUGUAGUUAUUCUUCGUUUUGAGUUAAUUUGUUAAUUUAUAUGUGAUGUUUCAUGUUUGGUUAUGUUGUUGGAAAUUGGUCCAUAGGUUUGUGUGUCGCAGUGAUAUAUGUGUUGCCUUAUUAAUUUGUAAAAAACAUGUAUAUUAUAGCAUGGAGGCGUGAAGUUGUUUGAAA